AUGGGUCUUGAUAAUAACACCUCCACUGUUUCUAACGAAGAUGAUCGUGGCAAAAGAGAGGAGGAAGAAGAGAAGGAGGAUGAGGGCGAGAGCUGCAGAUUCUGCGAUAAAACACAGGUCGUGAAGAGGAAAGCAAGAGACAUGACUGUACACUUCGGUUUAAUCGCCUCAGGUAAUCAGGUGAUUAAGGACACUGCUCUCCGACGUAAACUCAAACAGGAUCUCGACGGACAUGUCCUUUGUGUUGAGAGGGAGGCAGCAGGACUGAUGAACAAUUUCCCCUGCAUCGUCAUCCGAGGAAUCUGUAACUACGCCGACUCUCACAAGAACAAAGACUGGCAGGAAUAUGCUGCAGUCAGGGCUUCGGCCUUUGCCAAGGAAUUGUUGUCAGUUGUACACGCAAGUGAAGUUGCACGAGAUCGACCUAUCAAAGAAAUACUCGGACACGUUCUUGAAACCGUAUCUCAAACGUCAACAAACGUCAACAAAAUGAGAACCCAUCUGGACAAUAUGCAGGAUCUCAGGAUACUUGAAUGGCUCACACCCAUAGACUUUGGCGCUGAACAAAACAAUGUUUUGCCCGAUAUGCCUGGAGCAGGCAAAACUAUCAUCAGCUCAAUUGUAAUCGACCAUCUUGACCAGGAGUUUCAAGCAGAGUCAACGAUUGGUAUCGCAUAUGUCUACUGCAACUUCAGACGACGGAACGAUCAGAAAAUCAACAAUUUGCUAGCAAGUUUACUGAAACAACUAGCCAGACAGUGCCAAUCUUUGCCAAAUAGCGUCAAAAUAGUCUAUGAACACCAUGAACCAAGAGCGACGCGGCCAUCAGUCGCAGAAAUUUUGCUAGCUCUCCAGACUGUAGCCGCUACAUUUUCAAGACUCUUCAUCAUCGUUGAUGCACUUGAUGAAUGUCAAACAUCUAGCCGGUUGCAAUUUUUAUCAGAGCUUUUCAAGCUGCAAUCAGGGUGCAAUGCGAAUAUCCUGGCGACUCCGCAAUUCAUCCCGGACAUUAUGGAUCAAUAUAAGGGCAGCCUUUGGUUGGAGAUCCGUGCGACCGUUGAGGACCUGCGGGAGGAGGUCAAAAGUGCUAUCUCAGAUGCAGCGGAUGGAAUGUUUCUGUUAGCACAAAUUUAUAUUGCUUCCCUCGAGGACAAACUGACCACAAAUGCUAUCCGAAGGUCUUUGACAAACUUCAAAAAGCAAGAUCGAAGUUCAAAUGAAGAGCAAAAAACUGAGAUAUUGGCUCAUGCAUAUGAUCCAGUGAUGGAAAGGAUUGGAAAGCAGCAGACAGGAUUGAAACAACUCGCAGUGAAGGUUUUGUCCUGGAUCACAUGUGCAACCCGCCCACUUCGUGCAUCAGAGCUCAGGUAUGCCGUCGCAAUAAAGCAUGGAGAGUCUCAGUUUGAUGAAGAAGAUAUGCCACAUAUUGAAGAUAUGGUAUCGGUCUGCAUGGGACUCAUUACAAUGGAUGAUGAAAGCAGUAUCGUACGUUUGGUGCACUAUACCACACAAGAGUACUUGCGGGCUCGGAAGGAUUGGCUCUUGAAUGCACACACCAAAAUUGCCAGGUCUUCUGUUACCUGCUUGUCAUUUGGAAUUUUUGAAAUUGGAUGCAGCUUAACUGCGGAGAGUUUGGAUGAGAGGUUACGAUCCACUGCUCUUUAUGGCUAUGCCGCGAAAAAUUAG